CUAAUGGUUGAGGCGUUUGCGCCUUACUUUCUGCAAAUGAUUGGAAGUCUUAAUGAUGCGAAUCAGAUCUGUAGAUCAAUCGAUAUGUGCUAUUCAAGUGGAGGCGUACAUAUGCUGGGAGGUCACAAGUGUACGUUUGGACCCACCUAUUGGUGUCAUACCAUAGCUCACGCCGAGUCCUGUAAAGCAACACAUUUCUGCAAAAACAAAGGGUCGCUCAUACAAGACGUUACCAAAUAUGGGCUCAAUUUCACCAACUGUUCCAACGGUUCCAUAUCGACCUCCUGUUCGUUCAUCUGUACGCCCAAUCAGAGCACUUCCCGUCCGACUAAUGCUCUGACCAACAGUUACCACUCGUACGGAUCCAAUGUAAAACUGGCCAUUGAGGUGACCACCACUUCGGCCGAAGAACUCAGGAACAGGAGAUAUAAAGACAAAUGCACUCGACUUCAGAAACAGAUCCGAGAAUUGGUUUUCAUUAAUAAAGCCAUUCAUUCAGAACUCAAUCAAUGUUUAGACAAACUCUCGAAAGGAUCCGAAGAGCGAAGAUUUCUGUUGAAUAAGAUUUUGCACUUUCAGAAGGAUGUCAACCACGAGACCAACAGUUCCCGUAUCUUACAGGAGGCCCUCUCCAAGAAGUGCACCAAACAGUGGUCAUCAGCUGAUUGUGAGCGCACAUCCACUCAAUCGUCUCAACCCUGCGCCACUCCAUGUCUGUCCACUCACUCAAUGAGUCCUAAACCACAGUCAGACCGCACUCUCGCCACUCCAUCAGAUGGUGUCCAUCACAAGAGCCAAUCAUUUGCCACUCAAACCAUUCACACCGAACCACACUCUGAUGUGGCGCCCAAUAAACGGAUCAAAUUAAGUGAUUGUCAUUCAAACGCUAAAAGUGUUUAG